CUUCUGCCCACUUGUAAGUGCAACUGGUAUGGGUAAUGGUGUGAGAGAAGGUCGAGUGGAUUUCCAGCGGCAGGAUGUGGAGCCGGUUCCAUCAACCUUACCAGAGGAAACCCGGGAGAAAAAGAAAGUGCUCAACUCCCUGAUGUCUGGUGCAUUGGCUGGUGCUGUUGCUAAAACUGCAGUAGCUCCACUGGACAGGACAAAAAUCAUGUUUCAAGUGUCUUCAAAAAGAUUUUCUGCCAAGGAAGCCUACAGGCUGAUUUAUCGCACCUACCUCAAUGAAGGCCUCUGGAGUCUCUGGAGGGGGAACUCAGCCACCAUGGUCCGUGUGAUCCCUUAUGCUGCCAUUCAGUUCUGUGCACACGAAGAGUACAAGCAGCUCCUGGGGAGUUACUACGGCUUCCAGGGAAAAGCGCUGACACCCUUCCCUCGAUUCAUUGCUGGCUCUCUGGCAGGCACAACGGCUGCCAUGUUAACCUACCCUUUGGAUAUGGUCCGUGCUCGAAUGGCUGUCACGCCGAAGGAGAUGUACAGCAAUAUUGUUCAUGUCUUCAUCCGAAUAUCCCGAGAGGAAGGAUUGAAGACAUUGUACAGGGGAUUUACACCAACCAUCAUUGGAGUGAUUCCAUAUGCUGGGCUUAGCUUCUUCACCUAUGAGACACUGAAGAAACUACAUGCAGAUCACAGUGGGAAGUUGCAGCCAUCGCCCCCGGAGCGCCUCUUGUUUGGUGCCUGUGCAGGUUUGAUUGGCCAGUCAGCAUCUUACCCCCUGGACGUGGUUCGCCGGCGGAUGCAGACGGCGGGGGUCAUGGGACACACGUACAGUUCCAUCCUUCUCACCAUGCAGGAGAUUAUAAGAGAAGAGGGACUAAUCCGUGGCUUGUACAAAGGACUCAGCAUGAACUGGGUCAAAGGUCCAAUUGCAGUGGGAAUAAGCUUCACAACCUUUGACCUGAUGCAGAUCCUUCUCCGUAAAUUACAGCACGGCUCUAAUGUUGAAAGGUAGUAGCUUAAUCCCCACAGCCCUUGCUGGGGAAAAGUACAGCACGUGUAGAAAGAGCAAUGCUAGCCUUCCCUCACCUCAUACCUGCUCUCCUGCAGCUGAGAACUCACCUUUACUUGUUUGUUAUUUUCUGUUGUUGGAUUUUCUUCUUUUUAAUGAGCCUCUGAGUUACUUGGAAACCUCAACCUGAAACUAAUGCUUUCCUAAGCAAACUUCUUCCUCGAAUUCUGCAGCACCGAGUCCUCUGCAGUAGCUGCCUCACCCUUCUGGUUCACUCUGUGAUACCAGGAGUGGAGCCUCUCAAACAAAACCGUGCUGCUGCUGGCUCCUCACCUGGGUCUCUGUGGGCAGAUGAAGCGGUGCAUGAUGAAAGAGAGGACUCGGUGCUGGUGGAAUGAAGCCCUGAAUCUGGGAAGUGACUGCUCUUCCCAGUAGGCAGUUCUUAGUUAUUGAACAUGUGCUAGCUGGUGGCAGUCUGCCAAGUGCAAUAUUCCAGCUCGUUUGUAGGGAAUUCCAGAUUCCUCUGACCUGUAAACAUGAGUCUCCAUAAAACAGGACAGAGCAGGAUUUAACAGGUCCAGGUCACGUCCAGAACAUAAGAAGUUCAGUGUGGGCUCUGGCUGGAAACACUAUCCUUUUUCAAACGUUCUCAUUUCUGAGUUGAGUUGCAUAAAAUAUCCCUUGCUCCAGCAUCCCUCUGAGAUUACCAAAGACAGAGGCCAGCAGGAGAGGGAAAUUCUGAGCAGUUUUGGAAAUCAAAUCCUCAUGUUUGUCAGUGUUGAGGAGGGGCUGUGCCUGGAUUCACAGACUGGAUUGAAUUGACCUGCAGUAGUGCUUUCAGGCUCCCCAAGCCUUUCUGUUGUGGUUAUGGUCUUAAAGGCAGCGUUUUCUGAGGGAUUUGGCAAACUGUAAUGUUGAUGCACUAGAAAAGGAAGUGUUACAGACUUGAAAUUUCAGCAGUUUUAUCCUGCAGUAUUAUUGCUGCUGCUUUAUGCAAGAACAAACGUCAGGGAGAUGCAGAUCCAGCGAUCCUGAGAGGCUCUUCACGUCCGGUGAACGUGGCCUGGCAGUUGGCUCUAGCUGCUGGUCCUGCUUUGGAACAACUCUGUUGUCUUAUGGUGCCUGCUGUGUAGGUUGUGUCCCCUCUGUUCAUUAGUCCAUGCCUAAGCCCACUUGUUUUUAUUCCUAGGGUUCUUCUGGACCAACUGGGUCCUUGAGAGCAUGGGAGUACCCAAGCCAGUAUUGACCCUUCAGAAAUGAUAACCUAGUGCCAAUCAUUUCCAGCUGCAAUCUGAAAAUGAAUGGUAAAGAACCUUCCAGUGUUUCUAUUUGAGAUCAGUUUUCAGGGAAAUGGAGAUUUUUGGGGGUGGUUUUGGUUUAUGUUCCAUUCCUAGGUGAAAUAUGGAGUGUAACAAAGGUCACAGCAAACUUCAGACCUCUCUGAGAAUCAGAUGACAUAAGCUAAGAUUAAAAAUCCCUUUCCAGCUGACACAGCCCACAAUGUAUUAAAGAAAACUAAGGUGUCAUUUAAAA